AUGGCGACUUCCUUUUCCCCCAUACAGAGACAGGACGUAACUACCCUGGUGCGGCUGGUCCAGGGCAACCAACUGUUGAACCGUCAACUUUCCUCCAUUUGUCAAGUUAAUGGUCUGAAAAGCACCGGUGUCAAGGCUGAACUCCAGCGCCGCAUCGUUGACUUGAUACAAGACACUGUCAACUCUAAUGAUGCCUCACGUUUUCAACAAGUGCGGCAAAGCAUCACCAAUGCCGCCUCGCAACGACCGAGUCCAUCGUCCAAGGCAUGUACUCAACGAAGCACGAUGACUACUGCCGCAGGGCUUCCUACCACGCAGUUUGCGCCUCCAAUGACUUCCUACAACCAAGCCGCCAGCCCUUACCAGCAACGGGGCCUUCAUGGAUCUACCAGCGCCGUAAACGGUCGUACUUCAAACAAUCCAUUCACCUCGUCCACUGGCAAUAUAAUAUUCCACCCCAGUCCAUUCUACAGCAUAGAAACCGCUGUUAGCAACUUGCGGACAUGUGAAACAAUGGCACAGCAUAGGAAUUCGAUCAACAUACCAAUCAAAGCCAGUGACCACCCAGCGCUCCUACAGUGUCUAACUGACGAGUCGUACCGAGUUAUGAUAUUUUGUGCCGGCGACAUAUAUGGGGUCCAAAAUGUCGCAUUCCCCCAUCAGUCUGAGCUAAAGGUGAAUAACCAGGAGAUCAAGGCAAAUUUGCGUGGCUUGAAGAAUAAACCUGGGUCUACUAGACCAGUUGACAUCACGGCUGCACUUCGCCUAAAACUACCCCUUUACAUCAAUAACGUCGAGUUCACAUAUGCUCUAACCAACAAGAAAUUUUAUCUCGUUGCCAAUGUUUGCAAGAUCACAACAGUAAAGGAGCUAGUCUCCAUUAUUUCUACACGUCGAAGGAUACCGAAGGAGUCGGUUGUAUCCGAACCCACUUCACAAGUUCUCUCCCUGAAAUGCCCGCUCUCUUAUAUGAGAUUGGACGUUCCAUGCCGCAGCUUGAGUUGCACUCACAUACAAUGCUUCGACGCUACGUCAUAUCUUCAGCUUCAGGAGCAAGGACCUCAAUGGCUCUGCCCCAUUUGCAACAAAUCGGCACCUUUUGAGCAACUGGCAGUUGACGAAUACGUCCGGGAUAUUCUAGCGAACACGCCCAAAGAUCUCGAAGCCGUCACUAUUGAACCAAAUGGGCAUUGGUUGACGAAAGCAUCUCGUGAUGAGAAUCCGAAAUCAUCCAAUGAUCCUGCUUUUGACGACGAUGACGAACUAGAAAUCUCAGAAAUCAAUAUUGUCGGGCGUCGAUUAGAAACCCCCAAGACUAUAACACCCAUAACCGGCACACCUGCAUCUGGGGGGAGAGACAGCUCAGCAAGUGCACCACGCAGCGUCCCACCCAACAGCGCUAAGCGUCCAGCAACAGCAGUCAUUGAUCUGACGCUUUCAUCCGACGAUGAGGAGCCAUUGGAAAAGCCUCGUAAGAGACAGAAUACUGCAGCAAAUGGAUUCCAGAACUCGAGUAGCAUGGGCUUCCUGAGCGAGUCUCCUGGUCCAUCAGCGCCCAUUCAACAACAUGUAUACUCGUCCUUCUGUUGCCGCUACACGCCCGACCGAGAAAUAAUUGCCCUUCCCGCCUCGACAACAAGCAUUCCCUCCUGUCACCGAUUCGUCCAGAAGCAGCAAGAGCACCUAAUCGCCGCGAUCGCCAUGUCUCUCGACCCCGUAAUGCCCCCCUUCAAUUCGUCGGAUCCGUCCGCCAACUUUCUUUCGUCAUCGUGCCUCGACUUUCUGUUGAUAGAGCUCGUCCCUCUUGCUUACCGCGUCACAAACGAGCGGGACUCGACGCAGGAUCCGUCGGAGCCCGCAGGCGCCCAGACGGCCGAGGCGGCUUCGACGAGCCACCGCGGCGCGAGUCUGGGGUCGGGGGGAGCUCACCACGCCUCCAGCUCGGGUACCCGGAAGCUGGAUGACGAAGAGGAGCUUGACGCGGUGCAUUUUCGGUUGGAAUCUCUCGGGUACCGUGUUGGCCAGGGUCUGGUGGAAAGAUUCUCGAGAGACCGUCCUCGAUUCAACGAUACCCUGGAUGUGAUCAAGUUUUUAUGCAAAGAUCUGUGGUCUCUUGUGUUCGGGAAGAAUAUCGACAAUUUGAAGACCAAUCAUCGGGGAGUGUACGUUCUGACCGACAACGUGUUCCGCCCAUUUUCGCGCAUGAGUACUGUUGCAGGGGGUCAAGCGGUCGUGCGGGCACAACCGUUUCUUUGGUUUCCCUGUGGAAUCGUGCGAGGUGCCUUAGCGGCCUUGGGCCUAAGGGCCACUGUUCAAGCAGAAAUCAACGAACUGCCAGGAGCUGUUUUCCAAAUCAAGACACUCAAUUCCAAACCAUAG